CUUGUUUAAGGCAUGGUGAUCGCUACUCUUUCAAGUUUUCUGUGUCUCUUGUUUCUAGCAGCUUUGAUCUUCAAAAUCUUUCACAAAAUAUGGUGGAUUCCGAACCGUGUACAGAGGUUGAUGGCUUCGCAGGGAAUCAGAGGACCUCGCUACCGACUUCUCCAUGGAAAUAUCAAAGAAGUCUCCAACCUGAGCAAGGAAGCCAUGAGCAGACCCUUGGAUUUGUCACACAACAUAUUACCGGUAGUUCUACCUCAUGUUCAUGCAUGGACCAAAAUGUAUGGGAAGAAUUACCUUCAGUGGCAUGGUACUGUGGCUCAGCUGGUGGUGACGGAGGCCAAGUUAUGCAAGGAGAUACUCGGUAAUAAAGAUGGAUUCUACCUGAAACCCGACUUCAGAACUUUUACAAAGGUAUUUGGGAAUGGUCUUCAAAACUUGGAAGGUGAAAGAUGGGUGAAAUCGCGAAAGUUGGCGAACCAGGCCUUCCAUGGAGAAAGCUUAAAAAAUAUGAUUCCAGACAUGAUUGCUAGUACCAACACGAUGCUAGACAGGUGGAAAAGCCAUGAUGAAAGGAAAGAAAUGGAUGUGCAUGAAGAAUUCAGAUUAUUAUCUUCAGAAUUGAUAUCUAGGACAGCAUUUGGCAGCAGCUACGUAGAAGGGAAGAACAUUUUUGAUAAGUUGAUGAGAUUAAGCUUAUUACUCAAAAAUGAUUUCAAUAUCAAGUUCCCAGGCUUCAGCAAGCUUUUCAGAACCAGCAAUGAUACUGUAUCAGAUAGGCUUGUGAAAGAAAUAAGCGACUCCAUCAGGGGGAUCGUGAAGAAAAGAGAAGACAAGGAAAUGAAUCGGGAAGAUGGGAGCUUCGGGAGUGAUUUUCUUGGUUUACUUUUGAAGGCUCAUCAUGAUACCAACAACAUUCAGAGGAUUUCAGUGGACGAUUUGAUAGAUGAGUGCAAGUCAUUUUACUUUGUUGGACAUGAAACCAGUAACAAUUUGCUUUCGUGGACUGUCUUCCUUCUGGCACUUCAUACUGAUUGGCAAGAGAAAGGAAGAGAGGAAGUCAUUCAAAUAUUUAACAAACAGAUUCCGAAUCCUGAGGGCCUUUCCAAACUGAAAACAAUGAGCAUGAUCUUGAAUGAAUCCCUUAGGCUAUAUACUCCAGCUGUUACUGGCGCGAGGCGACUUGAAAACGAUGUUAGACUGGGCAAGCUCAUUGUUCCUUCUACUGUUGAGUUGAUCAUUCCUUAUCUGGCACUUCAUCAUGAGCCUGACUCCUGGGGACAAGACGCACAACUGUUCAAACCAGAAAGAUUCUCUGAAGGAGUUGCGAAAGCUACAAAAAACAGCAUAGUAACGUUCAUACCAUUUGGAAUGGGACCAAGAAUUUGUGUUGGCCAAAAUUUCGCCACCUUUGAAGCCAAGAUUGCUCUAUCAAUGAUGCUGCAACGCUACUCCUUCACCCUUUCCCCUGGUUAUGUUCACUCACCAUUAAGGACCAUUUCACUUCGCCCACGGCAUGGAGUUCAAGUAAUGCUCCACUCACUGAACUUUGAGGACUGA